AGAGAUCGUGUAUGUUAGACAGGAAGCCUCACUAUGUGGCGCACAGUUUGAACGUCAUUAUAGUUUUGGAGAAUCAAAUAUUCACUAAACCGUUGGCAAACUGGUUAUAUAUAUAUUAAAACAACUUGAAAUUUGAAAUUCUAAACUUUAAAGCUCACAAACAAGCGACAGUUAGAGUUUUGUUACAGUAAUUAUUACUGAAGCUAGCGCCAAAUUCAAAGUAACUGCGGGAGAUGCGCGCAAAACUGAAGCGCACCAAAGCAAAAACAGCUUCAAACUGCACUGGAGUUCUUGCAGCAACCAAAAAGACACCUCAAACUCCAAAUGUAAGUGUUUAUAGUCGUUUUGAUGCUACAGGAGUGGACUGUAAGGAGCCAGACGAGCUGCACAUGUCACAUUUGGACCUGUGUUUGAGACAUGUCCAAGCUUCUAAUCCCACAUUUCCAGUCAACAACUUCUUCAGUGUUUUGCGCAGAAAAAGCUGUGCAAAUGGACAGUGUUUUGCAUCCAAAGAUGAAGCACAGAGUAACAGUAAAGAGGAUGACAACCAGGAGGCGCAUGGGAGAUCCAGAGAGACAGAGGAGGACGCCACGACGACCUUCUCCCCUUCACAUGUUCUUCAGGACGGUUCAACGUCGGCUCCUGAAAAGACUCAACGCAGGAGCAGAUUAAGCCGAACCCGGAGACUCAGAUAUGGAAGUGGCAAAUUAGAAAAUAUUAUUGAACUGGAAAAUAAGAGAACACAAGAGAAAAAAACAGGCCCGCAGUCAAAAAAAACCUCAGUGCUUAAACAAAGAGAACCGUUUCGUGAUGACGUUCUCUGGACAGAUAAAUAUCGUCCUCGCUGUUCUAAUGAAAUCGUCGGCAACACGGAGGCAACGGAAAAACUGCACAGCUGGUUAAAUAAGUGGAAACUAAAAACAGAUGCUGAGGAAGAAGGGAAGAAGCUUAAAGAAAGACAAAAUGAAGGACGAAGCAAUGACUCGUGGGACUGUGGGGACUUUGAGGACGAGGUGGGGCCAGAUGACGGGACAGAAGAGCAGUUGUGUAACACCGUCCUCAUAUCGGGGCCCCCUGGUGUGGGAAAGACGGCUUCAGUGUACGCCUGCGCUGUGGAACUGGGCUUCAAGGUUUUUGAAGUGAACUGCUCGUCACGGCGCAGUGGAAGAGAAGUAUUGUCCCAGCUAAAAGAAGCGACUCAGUCACACCUCGUGGACGGUUCUGGUAACGACUCGUUAAAACCAACGUUCUUCAGCAGCUCCAGCUCAGUCUGCGGCUCACACAGACCUGACCCUGCUGUAAAGACGCACAAAAAAACGACGACAACAACGUCCACAUCCAAAAAGAACUCAGGACAGAUCAGGUCCAGCUGCAAGAAACGAGCAAAACCCAACACUUUGACCAGUUAUUUCAAAACAAAGGCAAAAGCAGAUUAUUUGUACCAUUCCCGGAUGAAAUCGUGUAAUUCACCAUGUGAGAAAUCCACAACCAAAAGAGGACCAACAGACUCUGCCGCCUGCGACGAUCACGACGAGACGAACAGUAAAACGGCGGCGACGUCUCUGAUUCUGUUUGAGGAGGUAGACGUCAUUUUCGAGGAGGAUGUUGGAUUCUUUGCCGCCAUCAAGACUUUUAUGGCGACCACAAAAAGGCCCGUUGUCAUGACGACGAGCGAUCCUUUGUUCAGAGAGAGAUUCAACUCCAGCUUGAAAGAAAUAAUUUUUCAAACUCCAUCAAUGGGUGACGUCUGUAGUUUCCUGCGGCUCGUUUGUUUGGCAGAAAACGUGCAGCUCGACCCGGACGACGUGACGACUCUUUUCACUGUGACGGGAGGAGACGUGAGGCGUUGUCUGCUACAACUGCAGCUCUGGAGUAACAGCGGUGCGGGACAGAGACGCCACAGAAUCAAUGUGGAGGAUGACGGUUAUAACGGCUGCAGCGCCAACAUGUUAGGUCUUCAGUCUCUCACUACAAGGACUUUGCUACAGCUUCUACAGAUUACUUCAUGGAUGGAGCAACAAAUGACAGAACUCCUGCUGCCCAUGAUAGAAAGCUGGAGAAAUGGUUUCCCAAUACUUUACUCCAACCUAGAGCGCCUCCUACAGGUGAAUGAAGUGAACAGUACACGUUCUGGUCCAGACGAUAAACUGGCACUGGGCGAGAGUCAACAAAUCAAAACUUUUAGUCCGUAUUCAGCUCGGUCUGCUGCGGAGACUAGAUCUAGACUAAGCAGGAAGAAAAAUAUUACAUCUGCGCAAAAGAAAAGCUCAUCAAUCCAGAUUUCUGAAAAACUAGAAACUGCGAACAGCCUCAUCGCUUUGGCUGAUUUCUUUGACGUCAUGUCUUUCAUCGAUUCAACGGUUCCAACGGCGCCAAAGCCACAGCCAACCCUGUGUAGCCUGCGAGGAUUCGUUUGGACUGGAGCGAAGUUACAGGACGGACAACUGGACGAGAUGAGAGAGGAAGAGGACAAAAAUGAAGCGAUGACGCUGGAUAUCAGGGCGGCGUUGGAGGCUUUGGGGUUUCACUGUUGCUGGAGGAAGUUCUCAGAUAGUUAUGAAGUCCAGAGACAAGAAGGAGAUGCUUCCAACGGCAGAAACCUCAACUAUAUCUCUCAACAUCCGGAUCCAAACAUGUUUGAUUUGAGCAAGAACGUUCUCAGCAGUCGGUACUUCAGUUUGCUCCAGAAUAAAGGUGUCGUUUGUGUCGACUAUCUCCCUGUGAUACGCCUCAUCUGUCGCACUCACAAGAAACGGAAAAAACACACAGACGAGCUGGACAGAUCCGUCAGAACUCGACUAGGACUGUCAAAGGACACUGUUCGAUUCCUGGCAGAUGACUUCUCUUAAGAUAUGAAGGAAACUAUACUAUACUAUACUACUAUACUACCUCAACAAGCUACAUAAUAUUUUAACUCUGCGUUUACAAACUAUGAAAUGGGUUUUAAUUAGAGAUGGACCAAUGAGUUUUUUCAUGGCUGAGUUUUUGACAGUUUACAAUCCAUAGAAGCCGACAGCUGAUGAGGUCUGCUGAUAUUUUUGGGCUAAUAAUUUGGGGAAAAUAACAACAUACGUCAUUUAAAUUUACUACAAUCUCACCCACAGCCUUUUCAAACCCUUUAAGAGAGCUGUGUAGUCAAAUUUGCAGACACAAAACAUAAAUAUUAAAAUAAAGCAGCAAACAGCAGCUUGACCAAAUACGCUAAAACUUACAAAUAUCGGCCCGGUAUAUUGGUCUAUCUCUAGUUUUAAUCUUUUAUUUAUAAGUGCAAAAAUAAAGUUUUCUAUAACUUAAUUUCCUGUUAUUCCACUGUACAUUUUAUUAAAACCAACCAUAAAAACAGUGAAUGUAAUUAUCCAGCAGUUUAAUAUCAAGUAUGAACCUGAAGUGCAUUAAAAGUUUUGCAGCAGCAGAAUUGCAUCCUGAAAAUC